AUGGUUUCCACCACAAAAGGCCACCGCAUUAGACAACUCCCACUGGGAGUGGACGGCUGUACAGAUUGGUCAGUGGACUACCUUAAGUACCGGGUGCUGCAGGGUGAGCCAGUGCGGCUGAAGUGCGCUCUGUUCUAUGGUUACAUCCGCGCCAACUACAGCCAGGCACAGAGUGUGGGCCUCAGCCUCAUGUGGUACCGCAGCUCUGGCCUGGGCCACAGCGACUUCGAGGAGCCCAUCUCUUUCGACGGCAUACGUAUGAGCAAGGAGGAGGAUGCCAUCUGGUUCAGACCAGCUGACCUGCAGGACGCAGGCCUCUACUCUUGUGUCUUACGGAACUCCACAUACUGCAUGAAGGUGUCAAUGUCUCUGACUGUGGCCGAGAAUGACACAAACCUGUGCUACAACUCCAACAUGAGACGAAAUGAGAAGGCUGAGCUCAGCAAGAGUAAAGACAUCCUCUGUCCUGACAUAGAUGACUAUGUUGAACCUGGCAAAGAGCCUGACAUCAUCUGGUACAAGGAGUGCCGUCCAAAGCAGUGGCGUGCCAGUAUCAUCCAGAAGAGAGACAUUCUGUCUAUCCAGGAGGUAAAGGAAGAUGACAUUGGGAAUUAUACCUGUGAAGUCCAGUUUGGUGGCUUUGUGGUCAGGAGGACGACUGAACUCACAGUAACUGCACCUUUGACCGACAAGCCACCAAAGAUCCUGUUUCCCUCUGAAAACAAGAUUAGCAACAUGGAGCUGCAGCUAGGAAGUGCUUUGAACCUGACUUGCCGGGCGUUUUUCGGCUACAGUGGCGACGUCAGCCCACUCAUCUACUGGAUGAAGGGAGAGAAGUUUAUAGAGGACUUGGACGAAGAGAGAGUCCAGGAAAGCGACAUCAAGGUUGUCAAGGAGCAUCUUGGUGAGCAGGAAGUGGCCAUUUCCCUGACUAUUGACUCCUUGGAGGAGGAGGACCUGGGAAAUUAUUCCUGUUAUGUGGAAAAUGGUAACGGCCGUCGCCAAGCUACCAUCCAGCUCCUCAGACGGGCAGAGCUCAUGUACACCGUGGAGCUGGCAGGAGGGCUUGGAGCGAUCCUGCUGCUACUCAUCUUCCUCAUUUCCCUCUACAAAUGCUACAAGAUAGAGCUGAUGCUUUUCUAUAGGAGGCACUUUGGCAGUGAGGAUGUGGAUGGAGAAAACAAAGACUAUGAUGCGUAUCUGUCCUACACCAAAGUGGACCCUGACCAGUGGAGUCAGGAGACCAGGGAGGAGGAGCGCUUCGCCCUGGAGAUCCUCCCUGAUGUCCUAGAGAAACAUUACGGCUACAAACUCUUCAUUCCAGAUCGAGACCUCAUUCCAACAGGAAGUCUCACCAAUGAGCAUUACCAGGAUGACACACGACUCUUUGGAGCCUACAUAGAGGAUGUUGCACGCUGUGUGGACCAGAGCAAACGCCUCAUUAUAGUGAUGACACCCAACUAUGUGGUGCGGCGAGGCUGGAGCAUCUUUGAGCUGGAGACGCGGCUGCGCAACAUGCUGGUGACUGGUGAGAUCAAAGUUAUCCUGAUCGAGUGUGCCGAGUUGCGCGGCAUCAUGAACUACCAGGAGGUGGAGGCUCUCAAGCAUACAAUUAAAACCCUUACUGUCAUCAAGUGGCGUGGCACCAAGAGCAACAAGCUCAACUCCAAGUUCUGGAAGCAGCUGCAGUACGAGAUGCCAUUCAGGCGCACAGAGCCCAUGCUCACCCACGAGCCGGCGCUGGACGUCAGCGAGCAGGGCCCCUUUGGAGAGCUGCAGACCGUCUCCGCAAUCUCCAUGGCAGCAGCCACCUCCACCGCCAUGGCUACCGCCCACCCCGAGCUGCGCUCCUCUUUCCACAACACCUACCACACCACCAUGAGGCAGAAACACUACUACCGCAGCUACGAGUAUGACAUACCCCCUGGAGGGACCCUGCCACCUCUCUCCUCUCUGGGGAACCAGCACACCUACUGCAACAUCCCACUAACACUGCUGAACGGACAGAGGCCUCCUGGGAAGAGCCGAGAGCAUAGCCUGGAGGAAGCACAUGCUAACAACGCCAUGCUCCCUCUGCUGCCAAGAGAAACCAGCAUCUCCAGCGUCAUCUGGUAAUGAUGAACAGACUCAGCAUCAGCUGUAGGGAGGUCAGUCAAGAUCAGACAUGGCUAGAUUCAGUCUGGUAGCUCUUAGGAACACAGUUUUUGGUGGCGAUAAGGGCGAAAAGUGUUGUGGAUCCUUUUGGUUCCAACUGGCAGAAGAGAUACAGCAGGUUUUUGGACACAGUUUCCCUUGUUUUUUCAAGUGGACAGCGCCUCUGGUGGAGAGGAUGUUUUCUAUGUGGAACUACAGGAGAUAUAAUAAAAACACUGUUUCAUGAAACUAGCGAGGCACAGACUUGCAAGAACUCCACAUUAAAGAACCAACACACUAUGGCAAUUGUUCACACACCCGCAUACAAAUACACACACAAAUGUGCAUACAUACAAACAAAAGGAAAACAGGGUCUUGUACAUAUAUUUCAAUUUAUUUGUAGCAUCAGUGUUUUCCUGUUUUGUUCUUUUGUUUGUUCUAUUCAAUCAUGUUUGUUGCCUUCUCUACUGUAGGACUUUGCUUUAACUUGUUAUACAGAGUUGUAUAUUUUUUAUUGUUUUCUCUUUUUAGUUUCUUUUUUAUUCUUAUUUCAAUUUGCUUGUUUGGAAAGCCAGUAUGUCAUGUACCUGCGCUGUUGUGGAUUUUUUAAUUUUUUUGUUUCUUUGUUUCUUUGUUUUUAAAUCUUUGUGUAGUUUAAGAGAACAUUUUUUAACACUUUUGGAAUUGCCUGGACAUUUCAGGAGCUUCAAGGAGCUGAAACUUCUUUUUGUUUACCUGUAAAAGGUGUAUCUAGUUUAAACGGAAACUCUCUUUUAAAAAAUCAUAGAAUAUGCAAAAAGAAGGACGAGCUGGCAAAAAUAUACCGUCCUGUGGGACCGAGAAGGAGGAGCAGUUGGGGGGCCGCAUUAGUCCUCUCCAAUCAGAUAGACCGAUAGACUGGCAGAUCUCUCUCUAAAGCUUCAUAUUUUCUAUUGAAACAAACAGCCUUGCUGUUUUAGAGUGAUAGUGAAAUGCCUCACCUUAAAAAGAAAUCUGUAGAUUAUUUUGAAAAGAAUUCUAUUUUUGUAACAGAAAAGAGUUUGCUUGAGAAGUCAUACUUAUUUGCAUUUCAUCUACCAUAGAAAGGGGAUUUGUGUAUAAGUGUUAUGCUGGUUUUGUACACUUGCAAUGUGGUUUCUGGUUUGUUAAGAGAUUAAGGUGGCUUUUGAAUUCCACA